AUGCAGUUACAACUUGCUACCCUCGCUCUUUUUGCACUUGGUGCUAUUGCUGCACCAACUGUUGCGCCGUCACAAGGCUUCGUGCCCACUAUUGGCCCCUUUGGGCUGAAAGUCAAUACCGCCAAUCAAGAAAUGAACAAUAAAUUCUUGGUCCCAACUGCUGCUUCAGGGAGCUCCACCGACGUCGUACUCGCCUUCUCCGACCUCCCCGACCGUUCCUUCUAUUGGGUCCCUAAUAGCCAUAAUCCAGUUCCCCCUGGGCCUUACCUCGCCCAAGGGACAAUCUUAUACGAAGUAAAAUUCCACACUCGAGCGUAUAAUCUAACACUUGAUCUCACACCGUGGAACGGCACCGAGACUCUCUACACCCCCGUUAUCCUGAGGGAUGAGUACGACGUCGGUACUCCUUAUGCACAUUCUGCCGCGUUCUCGAAGCCUGGUGUCGCAUUUUUGAAUGACACUAGUGAAUUCUUGGGUUGCCGUGGUGAUGUGCCUACUGACAAUACUUACACCUUGAAUUGGCAGACCAACUUUGCCCCCGGGAACCAGAGACGGAUUAAUUAUAAGUGCUCACCUGUUAUAAUCUCCAUUGCUGAUCACUAA